AUGAUAACUUUUGGAGGUUACGUCCCAAAUGGAUUAGCAGAAUUAGUUUCUGUUCAAAAACAUAUAAAGUACUUGGAGUUGAAUGGCUAUUUGAAAACAACAAUUCAACCAUUUACAAAAUUUCCUAAUACAUUAACCAAGUUGCGCAUUGUUGGAUGUUUUCGUAUACCAUGGUCACUAAUUUCGGAACUUUCGAAUUUACAAGAACUUUCAUUAUCAUUAAUUAACGAAAUAGACGAUGAAUACUUAAUUAAAUUCUUGGAAAUUAAUGGAAAUAAUCUAAAGGAACUUAGUCUUUACAAAAACAUAGCCUUGAAUGGUUCAUUAAAUUUAAAAUUAGGAAAAUUUUGUCCAAAUCUGAGGUCGUUACGCAUUGUAUUUCCAAAUGGAGACAUAGUACCACUGAAAGGAAUUUUUAAUAGUUGUCAACAAUUAGAAUGCAUAGAAAUUUUGCGUUCCUUAUUCUUUUUAGAAGAGCGUGAAUUGUUAGAGAUUGUUGUAGAUUUUUCACCUAAAAAGAUUUAUAAGUUAUCAAUUGAUUUGGCAUUAUGCAACAUAGAUCCAAAAACAACAUUUCAAUGGGGAUUAAGGUCUAUUUUGGAACGUUGUGCGAAUCGUGUGCCAUGUAUUCCUCUUUCUUUUAUUAUUAAUUCGAGUUCAAAUUUGGGUAUAAGACUAUCAAAAAGUAAUAUCAAAAUAAUUGAAGAGUAUAUAUAG